AUGAAUCAUAACUUUCCUGCUAUCAACAAUAACGUUCCUUCUGCAAGUGGAUACUCUGACUUCAAAAAAAUGAUGUGGCUGUGGAGACAGGAGAAGCAAAAACUUGCUUCACAAAGAAAGAAGGGUGGGGAAGAUGCUUAUUCGACACGACCUGUGCACAUUCAUGCAAGAACGCGGGUUACCUCGGAGGCAAGUGCCAAGGCAUCACUCGACGCUGCUAUUGCACACUCAACUACGCAUCGGGGCGUUUUUAGGGGUCUUCGAGAGAGAAGCGAAUUGUCGCGAUAUGAUGACUAA